AUGUUUAUCUAUUUCUAUCCAUGCCUUUCUCUCUAUCUCUCCCUCCAUCCCUCCCAUUUACCUCCAUCUCUCUCUCCAUCCCUCCCAUUUAUCUCCAUCACCCUCUCUUUCUCUCCUCAUUCAUGUUCCAACACAGGCAUAUUCAAGAGCACCUGCUACAUCGAUGUGCGCUGGUUCCCCUUUGAUCUCCAGAGGUGUGACCUGAAGUUUGGCUCCUGGACCUAUGGAGGCUGGUCUCUGGACCUACAGAUGAUGGAGGCAGAUAUCACAGGUUACAUCCCCAACGGAGAGUGGGACCUAGUGGGUAAGAGAUGGCGGCUGGCCAGUAUUGGACAAGAUAUUGUCACCACAGAACCUGGGUUCUGAUGGCACGGUUGUUUGGAAGACGAUGCUGCCAACCCCAGAGUAGUGGGUUGGAGUCCUGUAUGGGCCAUAUACCGGUAUUCUUCUUACAGUAUGUGUUUUGGAUCAAAGUGUCUAAAUUACAAUAUAACAUUUAAAUUGUUAUUGCAAGAACUGUUUUGAACAAGCUUGGAAGUUUGGGAUAACUCACAAAUAUGACCCAGACUAUUCUUUUUUUUUUUGAGUUUAACUUUCAAACUAGAUGGUCAAACUAUAAAAGCUAGAUCCUGUAUGUACGAUUGAUCACAGUCAAAUGAAAUAGGGGAAUUUAUUCAAAAGGCUUUUCCUCAGCAUUACAGAUCUUUAGUGAAAUUUGCUUCUACGGAAUCCCUGGCAAAUUGACUAAUGUAUUUACAAGAGAGGGGUUCUAAUGAAAUGACAUCCCAGUGCUGGAAGCCAGUGGUAGGCUUUAAUACUUUGAAUAUAGUUUUUCUUGCAUGUUGGACUGCCUAUAAAGAGAUAUGGCAGGCACUAUUACUGUAAUGGGGAACUGAUGAAAACUAACAAUACCAUUUGAUUCAGGGUCAAACACCCUUAACCUACUAAAGCUUCCUUAUUGUGAAACACCUAUGAAUUUACCUGAAAUAAAGACAUCCAUUACUGCAAAUAAUUUUAGUACAACCCAAAUUGAGUCCUCAAACUGUAAUUGACUUCCUAUAUUGUUGUCUUCCUGGUGUAUGAUACAGAGGUGCCCGGGCGCAGGAACGAGCGCUUCUACGACUGCUGUAAGGAGCCUUACCCUGACGUAACCUUUACUGUGGUGAUGCGUAGACGGACCCUCUACUAUGGCCUCAACCUCCUCAUCCCCUGUGUUCUCAUCUCCACCUUGGCCCUACUCGUCUUCCUGCUGCCUGCUGACUCUGGGGAGAAGAUAUCACUGGGUCAGCUCCGUGGAUGGAUGGGUGGAUGAGUGGAUGAGUGGGUGGGUGGAUGAGUGGGUGGGUGGAUGAGUGGGUGGAUGGAUGGGUGGAUGAGUGGGUGGGUGGGUGGUUGAGUGGAUGGGUGUGUGCAUGGGUGGGUAUGUGGGUGGAUGGAUGACUAUUAUUGGACAUUUAAACAUAAAUAGGUUAUUAAAUCAACACCUGUAACUAGGGGUGUGGGGUUCUCAUGACAAAUUCUAACAUGAAAAGUACAAACAUCAUGAUAUUCACAGACAUCACCCAUUGAUGUCAAUGGGAGAUUUGUGUGGCGAUUAAGCAUAUAUUUCAAGCUAGGAUUUUAUACAGCCAUCAAACUACAUGCCAGGCAAGAGACCCUAUACUCCUCACAAGGUAAUGCACGUAUUAUUAUAAUUAUUAUUAUUCUGAGUUUAUAACUCAGUAUUUACUCAAUACUCACUGAGGGGAAACCAGCCACUGGAAGAAAUAUUCAUGAAAAGCUCCAGCAGUUGGUGAUAAAGCAAAUUCUUAUGCACCUCUCAGAAGUCAGGCUUCAGUCUUCAGAUUACUCUGAUUUAUCAUUCAGUGCUAGGAGAAUCAUAUUGACAAUCCUAUUUCCAUUUCUCAGAACCUGGCUGAGUGCUGACUUGGAGCUGUAUAAGGCAUCAAGGCAUGCCGGGCGAUUUAUGUAUGUCUACACGUCUCAUUGGAAAGAUUAGGAGCCUGCAAUGCAGAUGGUUUCCUUAAUUAACCCAGUGUUUCUCCAAAAGAGCUGUGUGUGUGUGGCGCAGCUGUUUGGGUGUCUAGAGGGGUGAUUGGGGAAGCAGGAAAUGUGUUUGAUGUAGUCAGUCAAACUUCAAACAAAGAAAAAAACCUCUUGCUGUAAUGUCUGUAAUUUAAUACUGCCAUGUUAUUUUUAGUUCAGUAUUUACACACUAUGCAACAUGAAGGAUUUAUAAAUCAAAUUUAGUUGAAAGUGUGACCAUCACAAAACCCCAUCUGCCUAUAUGAUCAAGACUUACUGUAUCAACCAACCAACACCAUUAUCUAUCAGCCUUUUUAGAAGUGAUCAAUGCACAUAGGAAGAUGUAUUCAGUUUCAGUUCCUUCUGAGGAAACUGCCAUGGCUGACUUAAAAAGAGCCAGGGACUGUUGAUCAGGGGAAAGAGAGACAGGAAUAUUCAGGCAGGGUCCUUGGGUGUGCAGUGCACACACCUGCCAACAUGAUUCUGUGUCUCAAAUGGAACCCUAUUCCCUUUUAUAGUGCACUACUUUUGACCAGAGCCCUAUGGGUAAAAGGGUGCCAUUUGGGACGCAACCGGCAACCCUGACAGUGAGUCACUGGUCAAGCCUCACUGAUGCUCUACGAUCUAUCGGAAAUUAAAUCAGCGAGCUGUCUGCUCAGUUUAAGUCUUAUUUUGGACAUGCCUGGCUGAUUUCCAGUGAGGCGAGUUGUGCUUCAAUCUGAGAACGCAUCGAGUCACGGCUGUUAAUAAUUAUAUUUCUACGGUCUGUCUUUAUUUUUUAGUCUAAAUAUAUUUGUUUUAUUUUCUUAGUUCAGCCAUGCUCAGACUGAGGGGAUUAGAUAUAAAUAUUUUCGACAUUUCCCUUUUGCAAUGUGUUAAUUUAUAACUUAUAAUAGUAUAUGCCAUUAAACAGAUCACACACUUAGUCAUGUGUACAUAAAUUGUUUACGUAUGGGUGGUCCCGGGAAUCAAACCCACUAUCCUGCCGUUGCAAGCGCCAUGCUCUACCAACUGAGCUACAGAGGACCUCCUCAGGAUAUAUGGCUACUUUUUGUCUUAGAUUGAAAUAGCUACCAAGCGCCUUAUUUACUGAGUUGUUACCUGGCUGGCAAAUCAUACUGAAAACAAGUUUGACAUUUUAAGUACUCAUGUGUACCAUUCACAUUUCCUGAGAGAGACAUGGACCUCUGACAAGUAGGGCCUCAGAGAGAAGGGGAAGUACCUGUUGCUAUGGUUACAGGCAGGAAUACACAGAAGAGGAGUUCCUAGCGAGUGAAAGAUGUGCCAGUGUGCUUUGAGAUACCCAGGAAUUGACACCUAAUCACUUAGAGAUAUUCAGCCCCCGUCCUAUCCCUGGAAUUCAGUGGCUUAGAGACCCAGCCAGCUCAUUAGCAAGCUUCAGGGGGGAUUGCGUUAAAUCUCUACCCACAGGUGUUUGAUGUUGUUCCCACAUCUCCACUCAAACCCUGUAAGCCUCAAGGCAGUAUGAGGAUGAACCACAAUAGUAGAUGUUGCUAUUUCAGAUCCCUCUGUCAUUGUAGGCUAAAACCCAGUGAAGCAGCACUGGAUUCUGACAAAAGUAUGAAACGGAAGACUGUGUAAAUUAGCAUAAUAAUAAAACGGAAUACUGUUUGAUUACAUGGAUGGAAUAAAAAUAGAACAGAGGACAGUGAAAUGCAGACUAGAAUAGAACAGAAUUCAAUGACACGCAAUAUAUCUUGGUGAAAUCCAGUUGAACCCUUUGGGUACACAGGGAUAAUAUGCUGCAAUGUGACACAAUACAGCAGAUGAUUCCACCUGAAUAAAUUAUAGAUUGGUAUUCAUAGCAAGCCAUUUUGUAAAAAAAAAAACAACUCAGAAAUGUGCAAAAUAAUGGUAGGCCUUCGUGUAAAAUGGUGUUUGUUGAAAUGUGUAAUGUCUGUUUAAAAUACAUUUUUUAAGGAUUAUUUUGCAUUCCAAAAUAACCAUCCUGUUAAUCACACAGACUACAUGAACCCCUUCCUUUGUGCUAACUCAUUUAUGUUUCGUUCUAGGGAUAACAGUGCUGCUCUCACUGACCGUCUUCAUGUUGCUGGUUGCAGAGAUCAUGCCUGCAACCUCUGACUCAGUACCUUUAAUCGGUAAGAUUGUCUAUUUUUAAAUUGGAAAUGACAAUUGUAAUGGGUCCCCUGUAGCUCAGUUGGUAGAGCAUGGCGCUUGCAACGCCAGGGUUGUGGGUUCGUUUCCUACGGGGGGGGGGGGGGCGGGGGCAGUAUGAAAAAUGUAUGCACUCACUAACUGUAAGUCGCUCUGGAUAAGAGCGUCUGCUAAAUGACUGAAAUGUAAUGGCUGCCAUUUUGAAAAGGCCAACAGUAUAAUUUCACCAUCUUCAGGAGAGGAAGAACUAUUGGAGGCUUGGAAGUGGCAUAGUGUAAGUUCCUAAUCUUUGUAUUAUUAAACCACUCAAUUGUGUGGGGGGCUAUUUCUCAGCCUGAAAUACAUUGAGUGACAAAUGAGAACCUCUCAUUGAGAUAAAAUGAUGCCCAUUUCAGUAACUUAUGGUAUGUGGCUGUUCUGUCAUUUAUCCUCUAGUCCUCUGUCCACCAUCUCUUGCUCUCUGUCUCUCUCUCUGUCUCUCUCUCUGUCUCUCUCUCUGUCUCUCUCUCUGUCUCUCUGUGUAUUGUAGCUCAGUACUUUGCCACCACCAUGGUCAUUGUGGGUCUCUCUGUGAUUGCUACGGUUCUGGUCUUACAAUACCACCAUCACGAUCCCGAUGGAAGCAAGAUGCCUAAGUGGGUGAGUGUAUUUUUUCACAAACCCAUUAUGUGAAAUUACAAUGAAAUCUUAUUAGUUACUCACUAUUUCUAUAUCCAGACUCCUCAUUGUUGUGAUUCUGCCAAAGAAAGCCUCUCAGGGGUAGUGUUAGAUUAAUUUGGAUUUUAAGAAUAAUGACUAAAGAAUUUCACCCCAAACACAGUAUAAAUGUUAGAAUUAUCAUGUAGUGUCAACCCACUAACAGAGGGGGCGUUACUAACCAUUCAAGGGGGAAGGCGGGAACUGGUCCUGGUCCAGGCACUUGUCAUCUCCCGUCUGGACUACUGCAACUCGCUGUUGGCUGGGCUCCCUGCCUGUGCCAUUAAACCCCUACAACUCAUCCAGAAUGCCGCAGCCCGUCUGGUGUUCAACCUUCCCAAGUUCUCUCACGUCACCCCCCUCCUCCGCACACUCCACUGGCGUCCAAUUGAAGCUCGCAUCCGCUACAAGACCAUGGUGCUUGCCUUUGGAGCAGUGAGGGGAACGGCACCCCUGUACCUUCAGGCUCUGAUCAGUCCCUACACCCAAACGAGGACAUUGCGUUCAUCCACCUCUGGCCUGCUGGCUCCCCUUCCUCUGCGGAAGCACAGCUCCCGCUCAGCCCAGUCAAAACUGUUCGCUGCUCUGGCACCCCAAUGGUGGAACAAGCUCCCUCACGACGCCAGGACAGCGGAGUCACUCACCACCUUCCGGAGACAUUUGAAACCCCACCUCUUUAAGGAAUACCUGGGAUAGGCUAAAGUAUUCCUUCUAACCCCCCCCCCCCCCCCCCCCAAAUUGUAAAGUGGUUGUCCCACUGGCUAUAGGGUGAACGCACCAAUUUGUGACUCGCUCUGGCUAAGAGCGUCUGCUAAAUGACGUUAAUGUGCCCUUGAGCAAGGCACUUAACCCUAAUUGCUCCUGUAAGUCGCUCUGGUUAAGAGCGUCUGCUAAAUGACUAAAAUGUAAAAUGUAAAUGUAAAUGUUUAAGAAAGGUGGGAGGAGCAUAGUGUCUUUGUUUGUCAAGGAGUAUAAAAAACAGGAUAUUUGUGUUUUUGAGCAGAGCUCUCCAUGAAUAAAUUUACUGAUAAUUACUUGUGGAUUGUGGACCUUGAAUAAUUGAUGAUUAAAACCAGAGCUUUACAACCUCUGGUAAUGAUUCAAGCUUAGGUCGAAUUAGAGAUAGAAAUUCACAUGACAGGUAGGGUGCUUUCUAAUAGGUCUCAAAGCCCUUUGCCUGGUAAGGGGGAAGUCAUUCACUAACAAUGUGUAGCACCAAUCUGAGUGAUGGACAGCAGCCAUUUUGUGCUAGAACACUCACCACAUUGGCUAUUACAGUGGAGGGCUGAGGAAUACAGUUGGACAAUUAGAAGCAGGGGAGGAUUAGGCAGCCAUGAUAGUGAUCGUCACCACUGCUGUGCCAUCGUGCCCCUGCAGGACACCUCGUUCAAAGGAGUCAUGCAGGGAGGAUUUGAGUAAAAGUUUCAUAUUCUCUCUCUUACUAUCUCCAGUCAGUACGCUGCCGUGCACAGUACAUUCAUUCUGGUUUUACUCUCUGAUUGUGUGAAGACUCGGGUGAUCCUGCUCAACUGGUGCGCCUGGUUCCUGCGUAUGAAGCGGCCCGGUGAGGACCGUGUACGCCCGGCCUGCCACAACAAGCAUCCCCGUGGGAGCCUCACCAGCAUGGACCUGAACGCCAGCGCCUCGGCCCCACACUCCACCAACGGCAACAUGCUCUACAUCGGCCUGGAGAGCAUGCACUAUGCUCCAGCCACCACCUCCCCCGACUCCGGGGUCCUGUGUGGCCGUCUGGUGUGUGGUGGGGGGGAGGACGAGGUGCUCUUGCCCACGCGGCCCACCUCCUCGGCGGGGAGCCUGGAGCCCGAUCUGGCCAAGAUCCUGGAUGAGGUGCGCUACAUCGCCAAGCGUUUCCGCGACCAUGACGAGGAUGAGUUGGUGUGCAACGAGUGGAAGUUUGCGGCGUCAGUGAUCGACCGGCUCUGUCUCAUGGCCUUCUCGCUCUUCACCAUCCUCUGCACGAUCGGUAUCCUCAUGUCGGCACCUAACUUUGUGGAAGCCAUUUCCAAAGACUUCUUUACCUAA